UCACGAAAAACAGUCAGUGUACAAACAAAAACAUUGUAUUUUCAAAUUACGAUAAUUUAAUUUGGUGCUUAUUCCUCAGUGUAAUUGUAAUAUAACGCACAUGAGAUUAUUGGUACCACAUAAUAAUUUACGCCUAAAUAUUUACGUUUAUAACUCGCAGAAAAUGAUUUGAGCCAGUGUUAUUUUGUUAUCACUGAAACUGUUCCUUUUUUACCCAAUUAAAAUACAUAAUUAAAGGUUGAUUUUUCUGAUAAAGCGUACAAACAUGUCGGCGUUAUUGACUGCAGAUUGGUUUCAAUUGGAUUCCUACUAUAGGAAGUUUGAUCUAUACAACAUGGUAUGGCCCAUGGAUGAAGGUCUGGGGACUAUGAUUGUGAGUGGAGCUCCAUAUGGGGGUCCAGUCGCUGUAGUCAGGGACAGGAAGUAUGUAAGAAAUCCAAGCGCUGCCAAACCAGUUAUUACCAUUUAUAACUGUGUUGGGAAUGUUAUAUCCAAAAUUGUGUGGAAUAGUGGUAAUCUCGUGCACAUGGGCUGGUCGGAUGGUGAGCAGUUGCUAUGUGUUCAAGAGAGUGGUGAUGUGCUCAUCUAUGACAUGUUUGGUGCUUACCAGAAGACAUUCAGCAUGGGACCAGAAGUUAGAGAUACAAAGGUAUGCAAGGCACAGUUUUUCUCAAACCCCCACGGCAUAGGCUUGGCUGUCAUGACGACCACCAAUCGAAUGUUUCUACUCAGUAAUGUGUCAGAACCUAAAAUACGAUCUGUACCAGAUAUACCUAGAGCAAACGAGCCCAUAAGCUCCUGGUGUGUUCUGAGUUCUGGUCUAAGGUCGUCAGCUGUCAUUGGAUUUUUAGUCUGUAGAGAUAAAGAGGUUUAUCGCUGCCAGCUAGGCGAAUCGCGAGCUGUUCUGAUGCGUCCAGAUAUUAACAACACAUAUACACAAGUCAUAUCGAUAGUGCCCUCACAAAAUGGCCGGCACGUUGUCCUUUUCACGGACUCCGGUAUAUUGUGGAUCGGCUCUUCGGAUUUCAAGAGCAAAUACUGCGAAAUUGAUACUAAAAUGUUAAAACAACCAAAGGGGCUUGUUUGGUGUGGCUCACAAGCCAUAGUAGGGCACUGGGACGACACAUUGUAUAUCUACGGCUUCAACGGUUCCGUGGUGAAAUACCCCUAUGACGGUCCGUUCCACCUCAUACCGGAAAUGGACUGUGUUAGGAUCAUUUCCGAGAUGUCUCAUGAGAUGUUACAAAAAGUACCGCUAGUUGUUGAGAAAAUAUUCAGAUUGACUAACAUUGCGCCGGCUACUUAUUUGGUUGAAGCGUCGAAGGAAUUUCAGAAUCGUAGUCACAAAGCGGACGAGCACAUCCGUUACAUCAAAACGGAUCUAUCAACCGCAGUACAAGACUGUAUAGAUGCGGCCGCCUUUGAAUUCAAUACAGACAUACAAAAGAUGCUAAUACGCGCUGCCCAGUUCGGCAAAGGGUUUAUCAUGGAUCCAGUACUGACCGAUCAUUACGUCAACACUUGUCGAUGGUUGAGGGUGUUAAACGCUGUCAGAGAUCCGCGUGUGGCGAUACCUUUGACUUUCUUGCAAGUUCAAAACCUCGGCGAAAGAAUUCUUCUAGAUAGGCUAAUAUGGCGCCGUUUGCAUUGCUUGGCGGAACAUAUCGCAUCGUAUCUGCAGUUGAAAGACGGCCGGACGAGGGUGCUAUCACAUUGGGCAUGUUACAAGGUUACACAACCUCAUUUGGAUAACGAGAGUGCCGCGCGUGAAAUUGGUGAAAAGUUACGAAACAUUCCCGGAAUCUCCUACACUACUAUCGCUAUGAAAGCCGCUGAAAAAGGCAGGAAGGCGUUAGCAAUAAAAAUCUUGGAAUACGAAACUCACAGUAAGCUGCAAGUACCAUUGCUGUUGACCCUUGGGGAAGGUCCUACGGCGCUGCUCAAGGCCACAGCGAGCGGCGACACUGACUUGGUGUAUAUAGUGCUGUUACAUCUCAAGGAGAAAAUGGGAAAACAUGAAUUCGAGCUAACAAUAAGGAGUUUCCCACUCGCACACGCGCUAUACAUAAAGUACUGUGCGAGUCAUAAUCGCGAGGCGCUACGUAAAGUUUACGUACAAGAGGAUGACUUCACGGGACAAGCCGCGACGCACAUUCGCGACGCUAUAGACCAGACAAACCCAGGCAGUGUGGAGGCCUCGCUGAUAUCAGCUAGAGAGUGCUAUAAGAAAGGAAAGAAUGAAUUGGGUGUAUCAAUAUGCGAAGAGGCGCGCAAACUCUGCAAACAACAAUCAAGUUUACAAGAAACUUACGGGCAGAGCUUCGUGGGUCUAUCCCUACACGAUACUGUGAAGAAGCUUCUAGAACACGGCGAAGUUAAGCUCGCAGACAAACUACGCUCCGAAUACCGGAUGCCUGAUCGAAGGUACUGGUGGCUUCGCAUAUUGACACUAGCGGAAAAGGACGAGUGGUCAGACCUGGAGACUCUGUCGAAAUCGAAGAAAUCCCCCGUAGGGUACGAGCCUUUCGUCGACGUCUGCUUGAAGUACGCCAAGCGCGACGAGGCUCUGAAGUACCUGCCAAAGUGCCGCGACGAUAUCAAGGUCAAAUAUUACGUGAAAGCAGAGUUCUACGAAGAAGCUGCUCAGGUGGCGUUCGAGCAAAAAGACGACAGUGCUCUUGUCUUCGUCCAGAACAAGUGUCCGGCGAGCGAAGCUAGCAAGCACGCCAAGAUAAUGGCCUUGCUAGAACAGUUGAAUAAGAAAUGAGAUUGGAUAGAAGACUUUGCGAAUGUCCGUGUUAAACCAAUAA